AUGGAAAUCGAUUAAACAUGCACUUAACAUAUUAAAUAAAGGAUCAGUUGGGUUUGUCUAGAGAAAUAAUGUUCAUAAAGAGUAAUGUGUUCAACAUGUGCAGUCAAAAUUCAUGAGAAAUCACAUAAAGUAAAUUUGAAUUGUAAUUUAAAAAGUUAGAAGAACUUUCAAAUUUAUUAGAAAAUGGAGUUUUAUAAUUAUAUUAAAGUAACAAAAAGAAUGUAAGUCCUGGAUUAAAAUAUUUAAUUAAUGGUGAAUCUGAAUUAAUUUAAGAAGAAAAUAGAAUUGGAAAUGAGAAUAAUUAUUUUUAAAGUGUCAUUGAAAAAAAUUUGAAAGGAGUUUAAAAAAAAAUGGAUACUGUUAAAAAAGAAUUUUAAGAUAAAUAAAAGGAGAUUAGAUUUAGUAAUUAAGAAGAAAGGAAUAAAGUUAUUAUUGAAUUAGAAUAAUUAAAUUAAUAAUUAAAAGUUUCAGAUGAUAUUGGAAAUAAUAUUGAAGAAGCAUUCAAAAAGAUUUAAUCUUAUGUUAAUCAUAAAGAAUAUGAAUUCAAAAAUAAUAAAGAAGGUGAAAUUGUAACUAAAAAGUAAAUAGAUUUAAUAAUAUGUAGAAUUUAACUCUUAAAUUUAAUGAAAGAUAAUUUUUUGAAAAUGAUAAAAACAUAUUUUAGUAAUGCUUUUACAAUUGAAUUCUAUAAACUAUUUGAUAUGCAAAUGGAAACAUUAAAUUCAAAAGAAGUCUAAGAUGUCAAUGGAUUUUUAGAUUAUGUUGAUAGUAAAUGGAAAUAAGAUUAUAAAAAUCUAUAGACAUCCAUAGAAAAGUUUGUUCAAAAAUUACAUGAAGGACUUAAAUAUAUAAUUUAAUUACCAUUAUAAGAAGAGAAAGUAUUAUUUAUUAAAUAUAAUUUAGCCUUUAAAAUAGUAAAUUAUUAUUCCAUAAUUUGCUUCUCCAGCUAGAAAUCCAAUUUAAUAUCAAUAAUAACCAUAAUUUAUACCAUUAACACCUUUCAAUUAAGUACCAUCUUAAUAUUAGUUUCAUUAAUAAUAAAUACCAUUAACUGCAUAAAGAGUAUACUAAAAUUAGAAUUAAUUCCAUUCUGUUCCAGUUCCAAAGGCUGAAAUAGAAAACGAAUAUUUUGCUUAAUCAUAAAUAAUCUAUGAAGAGCCAUAAAUGCGGAAUAAUACUAGACCUGAUUUUGUUAGUUAGAGUUUAUAAUAAUAUUAAUGAUAUAAAAUUCAUAAGAAGUAGAGACUCCAAUUAAAAAGAAAAUAGGCAUUGAAGAUUUUAUAAAAAUCUAAUCAAUGGGUGAUGGAGCUUAUAGUACUGUAUACAGCUGUCAAAAAAAAGAAGAUCUUUAAAAAGGUAAUAGUAAUUAAUGUCCAAUCUAUGCAAUAAAAAUAAUAGAUAAAAAUUUUAUGAAAUUGGUAUUAAAUAUAUUUAUAUGUAAGAAUAAAAAGUAACAUCAUGCAUACAUUGAGAAAGAGAUGCUUUAAUAUUUAAAAUAUGAAGGAAUAAUCAAAUUACAUUCAACAUUUCAAGACAAAAAUAAUUUGUAUUUUUUACUUGAAUUAGCAUAGGAUUGUUUUAGUGAAUUUUUAAAACUAUAUGGCAGUAUUUAAUAUAUAUGAUAAUUUAGAUUAAAAGUUAACUCAUCAAAUUAUUUAAUUUUAUACAGCUGAAAUAUUAUCUAUUCUAGAAUAUAUCCAUUCAAAAGGAAUAGUACAUAGAGACAUAAAAGUAUAUUUAUAAUUUUAAUAUAAGCCUGAAAAUUUAUUAAUCACUGAAGAAAAGCAUUUAAAAUUAAUAGAUUUUGGAACUGCAGUCAUAUAUGAUUAACAUAAAGUUCCAUCAAAAAUAGUUGAAGCUAUAGACAAUUAUAGAAAAGACUUUGUAGAUACUGAAAGAAAAAGAAAAUAUAGCUUUGUAGGUACAAAUGCUUAUUUGACACCUGAAAUGAUUUCUGAUUAACCAGUAGGUCCAGGAACAGAUUUAUGGGCAUUAGCUAUUAUAAUGUUUAAAAUGUAUACUGGAACUAUACCAUUCAAAACAGAUAAUUAAGAAGAUUAAGAAGUUUUAUAUUAAAAAAUUGUUAAAGAUCAAAUUAUAUUUCCAAAAGUAUUUAAAUUAUUCAUUUAUUGUCAAGAGCAUUCCUUAAUAAGCUUAGGAUUUAAUGAAGCUAUUUUUAGAAAAAGAUCUAAAUAAUAGAUUAAUUGAUUAUUCUAAAAUUAAAAGUCAUCCUUAUUUUGCAGAUAUUGAUUUUAAUACUUUAUGGUAAAUGAAUCCACCUUAACCUCUACAAAUUCAUAGAGAUCAAAGAAAAUCAAAAACAUUUGUCUAAGAACCUAUAUCAAAGAUUAUAUUUUAAGAAAUGGUUGAAAAAGAUUCUGGAUGUAAAAUAAUAAUUAUUAUUAUAAUAUUAGUUCUUAUAUCAUAUUUUACUCCAAGACUUCUAGUAUUAUAAAUUAUUAAUGAUAUUCCUUCAAUACAUUAUACAAAUCCAAAAUUGAAUGAUAAAAAGACAGUUAUUCAUGUUACUUAAUUUUUAAAAUACUAAUUGCUUAAAUAAGAUAAAUUUGUUAUAAUAGAUGAAAAAUAAAAAUAUAUUUUUAAAGUAAAAAUCCUUUAUUAUUCAAUUUAGUCAUAAAAUGCUAAGAAAUGGAUUGGUUUAAUUGGGGAAACUUUGAAUCAUGGUCUAAAAUGA